AUGUUGACAAGUAGGUCUGCGGUAGCAACUGCAGUCCCUAUUGCUUGUGAUACAUUCAAAACCGAAUAUCACCCGAACAGUGGACGCACCCCUGCCAUUGAGACCUUUUCCACCUUUGGACACCCUGUUGAGGCAGAGGCCAGUUCCAUGCCCAUCAUCGACAACACACCUUGGCAACCCUUUAUGUGCUGCGCAGAUUUUGAAUUUGCAGAACUUGCCCACCAAUCGGCACUCAAUAAGGAUCAAACUGACAAGAUGCUGCAGUUGAUAUGGCAGAUCACCGAGGGACAAGCAAAGUUUACGUUCAGAUCUCACACUGAAUUCGAGAAGCACAUCAUCUCCAUCCCUUACAAGAAGGAGGAAAUUGAAUUUGAUGUACAUACACGGCCGCUGUGGGAUUGGGCUAUGGACUUGUUGCAAGAUCCGCUGUUGGCACCGCACUUCCCUUGGACCGCAGAUCGGUGGUGGCGAAUUCAAUCAUCAUUGCCGAACAACGGUGUUCCAUUUGCCUUCAUCCUCUAUGCCGACAAAAUGCAUCUCACUUCGUCUGGGCACGUGAAGGCAUACCCAGUGAUAGCUCGUUGCGCAAAUCUUCCCGUUCACAUAAGAAACAGCGACGGAAUUGGAGGAGGUUGUGUGGUGGGCUGGCUGCCGAUUGUUCCUACAGAUUCCAACGAAGAUGGAAAACUCUCUUACACGAAUAUGAAAUGUGUUGUCUGGCAUAAGGUGUUCAUCAAGUUGUUGGAAUCCAUCACCCUGUACUCCAAAACAGGUUUUGCGCACAGAUGCUUUGACGCCAUCAUGCAAUGGCUAUACCCACUAAUCCUACUUCUGUCCGCAGAUUAUGAAGAACAAUGCAUGAUGGCAUUAAUUCGCAGGCUACAUUCAAAUUGUCCCUGCCCUGUCUGUUGCAUUCCCUCAACGAAACUUUCUGACCUCAACGCAACAUAUCCUACUCGAACUGUCGAAGAUGCAAAAACUUUUUUAGAGCUGUAUUUGAGGGACCGCAUUGCUGGGGAAGAAGUCCUGAAGGCGCAUGGUUUACGCCCCAUUGCGAAUGCGCUCUGGGAAGUUAACAACUCCGAUCCUCACAAGACGCUCUCAUUCGAUCCCUUACAUGUCAAUGACAUUGGUAACUGGGGCAACCACCUUUUCGGGGAGCUCAAAGUCCAUGCGAAGGCACUUGGUCGCGAGGCCGAGGCGAAAAUUGAUAAACAGUUCGACAUGUUUCCAAGAUGGCGUGACUUGAAUCAUUUCAAGUCCGUCAUGACGAUAUCAUUUAGCGAUGGCAACAAACUCAGGGAUAUUGUGAAGCAAAUGCUGUACUCAGCACAAAAUGUGUUGAAGCGCAGUGAAGAUCCUAUUGGCUAUGCCCUAUUGCAGUGUAUAGGUAGCUACCUGCAACUGACUAUGUACAUAGCGCUCGAUGUGCAUACCAAAGCGACACUCGCUGCUGGCGAAGCAGAGCUUCGAGUAUUCGGGACACGCUUACAUGCAUAUAUCGACAUCCAGGGCGAAGAUUUGACAAAGAACUGGAAUUUUCCCAAGGUGCAUGCUCUGACACAUGCUUUCCCCGACAUUCGUGCGAAAGGAGCAGCCCGUAACUUCAGUACUCAACCAAACAAGAAACAACAUGGACCAUUGAAGCGAGCAUACUUACGCCAAACAAAUCGCAAGGAUGUUGCCAAUCAGGUCCUCAAGCUUGAUCACAUCAGUCUGGUCUCCAAACUAAUAUGCAGUCGUAUUUCCUACCUCAAUGAAGAUUGGCACAAACGCACAAUGUCACAGGGACAACUUGAAGACAAGGAUACACUAGACGAUCAACCGUUCGCAGGCCAUCUUCAUAUUGGUGCUCCUCAAGUUCCUGUCACUCUUGCUGCAGUGGAGGAAGGCAACACAUCUAACCGUGCAUUUCAGGAUUUCCGAAAGAAGUUCACAAAGUUUCUCAACACUUUUGUUGCGUCAAACAACAUUCCUUUGGCCGAUGGUGUUACGUGGUUGCAGCCUACAGCUAACGACAAGCUUCAAGAGCAUCGCUACCUCAAAGUAAACUAUGAGUCUAUUGUCGACUGGAAACUGACUACUGACUACCUCCGAUGUAAUCCGAACUUCCAUGGGUGUGAACGUUGUGAUUGUGCCUUGAUCCACACUCUAGACAAGGAUGGGAUUGACAAGCAUAUCUUUGUUCAGAUAUUGUUCAUGUUCAAGUUCACGGUCAGCAAUCACACUUUCGAACUCGCAUUAGUCCUACCCAUGGAUGCUCCCACUGGUUCAAGAGGCGGUGUGGAUCAUGAUCUGGGGCUGACUCGCCUUCACGCACGCCCUCUAGCCUCCUCAGAAUUCAUUUCUCUGCAAUCUAUUGUUCGUGGCGCCUUACUUGUGCCAGAUCAUGAUCAUGAUCGUGAUUUCUUCCUUGUCGAUCUCGUUGACAUGGACAUGUUCCUCCGUGCGAAACUUUUGAGGUCCUUCUAG